GGGGCAGAAAGAACACUAUGACCUAUCACAUCUUACAUUAUCAACUCAUGUUAGACUUUUUAUCUUUUGGCUGAAUCUCAAGGGAUAUAGUUAGGGUUCCUGAUAAAGAAAUUGAAAAUGAAGGAUAUUUGCAAGUAGGGUGUACAUAAAUAUGAUUAAUAAGUAGCAUUUAGGGCGGCGCCAGAAGGAGUUGCGGCGGUAGCAGCUGGAAAGGACCAUGGCCAACAGUGAAUGCACCUUCAUUGCCAUCAAGCCUGAUGGAGUCCAGCGCAACCUCGUGGGAGAGAUCAUCAAGCGUUUCGAGCAAAAGGGAUUCCGCCUCAUUGCUAUGAAAUUAAUCCAGGCUUCUGAAGACCUUCUCAAGGAGCACUAUAUUGACCUGAAGGACCGUCCAUUGUUUGCCGGCCUGGUGAAGUACAUGCAGUCAGGGCCUCUGGUUGCCACGGUGUGGGAGGGUCUGAAUGUGGUGAAGACAGGCCGAAUGAUGCUCGGGGAGACCAACCCGGCGGACUCCAAACCUGGGACCAUCCGUGGGGACUUUUGCAUCCAAGUUGGCAGGAACAUUAUCCAUGGUAGCGAUUCUGUGGAGAGUGCGGAGAAGAUUGGCUUGUGGUUCCAGCCUGAAGAGCUGGUGGAUUACAAGAGCUGUGCUCAGAACUGGAUUUAUGAGUGAGGAGUGAUGAGGGAGCAGACCUCAGUGCUUUGCCCUUUCCAUUCCCUCUCCCUCCCAUGAGCAAGGGGGCAGGCUCUUGCAAAUCCAGUUAUUUUUGAGAACUUCCUUAUAACCUGGAGGGGACCUCUUGGAGC